UGGUAAAUGAAUUAGCUUCUCGUAACGCGCUACGAUUUUCUAUAAUGUGUUUGGAAAUAAACAGAUCAAGGAGUUAUAUUUCAAUAAAAUAAAGCUGAAUGUGUCGGUAUAAAUGUGCAAAAUGUUUGUUUAUUGUGAUACUAGUGGUACAAACAUGGUGCAGUGAUUCUGAUAACACCAAUCUACACUCUACAAAGUGACGCCAUUUUACGGGAAUGACCAGCCCGCGGCUGCCUCUUAUUAGGCCUGAUGUAAGGAGCGCUGUUCCCAAACGGAUGCAUGGAAACAAAUCUCGAUUUUUGUACUCGUACUGGACGUACGAUUUUACAGAAAACUAUGGAAGAUGGUAAUAUAGCAAAUACGAGAGACGAUAAAAAUACCGUUGCGGCGCUAUGUAACUUAUAUGGUGAUCGAGCCGCGACAUUUACGGCAAAUGGACACGAUUUCGCAGGCGAAUCAUCGAGUCCUCCGGAAAAAUCUUAUGGACAACGGCGACACAGCGCGGAUACUUCACAUGAGGACAAGUUUAAAAAACGCAUUAAUCCAUUGAGAAUACACCUUGGCAAGCGGCCCUUCGUUGAUAAUUCAUCUCCCUACAAUAGUGUGUGCAAAAAGAAAAAACCGUUUUCAGUGAAAUCUAGUGAAACAAGUGUGAAUAAAGCAUCUACCCCACGAGCGCCUAAACUUAUACCAAAACGCAUUGAACAUAGUCAAUUUCAUAAUGUCACAUCACAAGUGGAUGAUAAUGAACACGACAAACCUGUACCCCGCCUUGUGCCCAAGAGCCAAUUAUCACAAUUUAAAAAAAGUAAGAUUGAAAAGGGACCUCAGUUAAAAGAAUAUGCACAGAGUCUUGGCUUGCAGCCAAUGGUAAAGUUCAAGUGUCGAAAAUGUUGUUCAAUGUCUUUCAAGACCCUGGCUAUGUUGAAGGAGCAUCAGUUGGUAUGUCGAGCUCAAGCUAAGGAACCUGCGCUAAGUCCGGAAGGUGUUACACAUACAGAAACAAGCUCAAGUGGCCCUUCUAGAGUUACUCGUAAAGUGUAUUUGUGUUCAGCAUGCGGCACUUAUUAUGAAAACUGGAAUCUCUUCCUGCACAUGAGAGAAGUUCACAACCGACACAUAUGCCUGUUUUGUUUGGGAAUGUUUUCAAAAGCAGAGAAAUUGUCUUCACACUUAACUAACAAACACAAUGUACAAGAGUUUAACUACAAUAGCAAAGAAGAGUUUUGUAAUGUUUACAAUGGAAGUUUUUAUUUAAUGUGCUGUGCAUGUGAUGAAAUAUGUAGUGAGCAAGAUGAUUUCUUUAAUCAUGACUGUAACAAUGUGAAGCCAAAACCUGUCCCAGUUCUUAUCAGUAAAAACUCUUUGAAACCAAAUAAUUUGAAACAUACAAGGAAUGACAAAGAGCAUAAGCAACAUAAUAUGAAUGGUCCCACAUUGAUGAAAGAGUUAUUAAGGCCCAAUGGUGAUAAAAAAGAAUCCAAUGAGCAAAAAAUUGAAACAAUUGUAACACAAUCCCAGAAGGCUAUGAAUAGUAUACAUAAUAGUGAUAAUGUAAAUAGUGAUGUAAGUUUAAGCUCCAAUAAUUCUACUUCUGAUGGUAAAGACACAAGUAACACUGUUGAUUCUGCGAUAGAAAUGGAAAGCCCUAGUUCUAAGCCACUAACUAGCCCAAAGUCUACAAAUGAAUCAGAUUUCAUUCCUUCUCAUAUCUCAAAUGGAGAUGAUAAGGUUAGUCAUGAUUAUUCUGAUGAAUGUGAUUCUCCAUCAACAAGUGAAAUUCAAGCAUCAAUUCCUGAACCAGUAGCACCUAAAAAUGAAGAACCAAGUAAAUCGGUUGAAAAGGAGGGUGGAAUAAAGCUGAAGCUUAGUUUGAAUAGUGCUAAAUCACCGGUAAUUAUAAAUUCUACUGUGGAUCCUACAAUCGGCCAACAGUACUCACAAAAUAUGAGCCAUAAACCACCAUCACGAAAUAGAAGACCUCCCAAACGAUAUGAAAAAGAUAAACCUUUAGACCAACCUCCACAACCUAAAACUCCUUCUAUUAAGAUGACAAUUUGUGAUAAGGCUGAAAGUCCAUUUGUUAAAACAACUUUCUAUGAAAACAAUAAGGAAACAACUCUGAAAACACUUGUAAAUAACAAUAUUGAACCAAUCUACAGCCCCAUGGACACCAAACCAGAAAACACAAUUAAAACAACAAUAUAUGAUAACAAAAUUGAGGAUGUGAAUACUUUAAAUAGGGUACCAAAACUAACAGUCAGAGUUCCUAAAGAGUUUCUUGACAAAACUUCAUCUAGUGACGAGUCAUCUGAUAGUGAUAGUAGCGAAAAAUUAACUGUUGAUGAGAAUAUAACAAAAUCUGAAGAAAUGGCUGUAAAGUCUGAAGAAGUGCCUUUAGAUGAGACACAAAUAAGUGUUGAACCAAGGGCACAUGAACAAGAACUUCAAGAAAAUAUUAAUGAUGAUACUGAGACUAUACCACUUGAAGAAGAGCAAAAACCAAUGGAACCCAAUGUGGAAGAAGUAAAUCCAAAAUGUGAGCCAAAACCGGAACUUCAAGACCAAGAUAUGACAGGUGAUGUCAAUGUUGAGGAAAUCACUCCUUUGGAUACUACUCCUGUUAUUGAACUUACUCUUGAUAGACCAAUAGAUAAAUAUCCAUUAAAAGAUCUCUUGAAAGUAUUUUUGGGAUCUACAUAUUUUAAUUGUAUUUACUGUAAUCAUGCACGAAAAAUUGCAGUAAACUGUGGGCAGCUAGCUUUACAUAUGAUAGCAGAGCAUAGAUUUUCAGCAACAGUGAACAGUAUUACUGCAGAAGAGUUAAUGCCUGAGACAAUAGCAGCAAAGGUGAAAACAGGCGUAGAUGAGGUUUCAUCAAUAUACAUUAACUUGGACUCGUAUGAUAGUGUUGAUAAGUGUGAAGAUGUGCAAAAUAGUCUUAAUUUUGAAUGUUUUCAGUGUUAUUUUAAAACUUCAGUACAUAAAGAUCUCUACUUACAUAAUCGAAAAAUGCAUCAAAAAACUAUAUUGUUGUGUGUUAUGUGUAAAAAUAACUUUUAUACUUAUAGUGAAUUAUUAUGUCAUUUAUGCCCUGGAACUUAUGAUUCUGACUAUGUAAUUAAGUUUAGAUGUUGCUUCUGUAUUGUAGACUCUAUUUCUUCUUCAUUUAGAUUAAUGGUGCAUCUUCGAAAGAUACACCAUACCUGUGAUGUAUGUUUAGAAUUUUGCCAAAGUCAGGCACGGCUUUCUAACCAUGUUUGGAAACAUAAAUUGCACCAUUUGUGUUAUCGAUGUGGUAUUGCCUAUAGGAAUAAACCUGAUAUUAAUAAUCAUUUGUUUUGGAAGCAUGGCACAGAAAGUGUAUUGUGUAAAAGAUGCCUACAGAAAAAGUGGCCCCAUGUUUAUCAUUUCUGUACUCCUCCCGCAGUGUUUGUCUGUGAUGAAUGUAAUUUGCAAUUUACAAAAGCAGUUUAUUUAAAAGUACAUAAGAGGAUACAUUCUGGUGAAUUUCCCCAUCCAUUACUUGAUGAAGAAAAGCCUGCUUUAUUAAUCAGUAAUUCAGAAACAUCUAAGGACCAAAUACCUGUCAUUGAUUUAGUUGAUGAACCUCCUAAAGAUGAAAGCACUUCAGAAAUAAAAACUGAAGUAGGUGCUGAACAUGUAACAAAAAAAUCCAAAAAGAAGAAGUUAAAAGACAAAGAUGCUUUAUUGCUUGAUGUUAAUUUACCAGCCCUUAAUUUAUCGGAGAGUGAUAGUAGUGACGAAUCUGACAGUGGAUUGCCACCUUCAGUAAAAGAAGAAGCACAGACACAAGAAAAACAGUUAGAUGAAAAUAACAUUGAGUCUUCUGAUAAAAUAGAAGAAAAAGAAGCUGCAGAUAAAAAAGAAGAUACGGAGAUAGAUUCACAGUUACCCAAGUUGGAAGAAAAAACAGAACCUCAAGAAGAUGACAAGCCAAGUGAACAACAAGUUCUUCAAAUAUGGGAUAACUUUCAAAAAUAUCAAGCAAAUGUUGAACAACACAAAGAAAAAACACCGCCACCCAUGCGAAGACGCCAUGUGUGUGAAUCCGAUCAUGAUUAUUGUUUAAUACCACCGGAUAUGAACGGAGAUGAAGAUAUACUAAACCCCGAUAAAAAGAAAAAUAAAAAAUCACCUAAAAAAAGACAUGGAGAUAUGUCUUCAUCUAGUAGUAGUAGUAGUGAUAGUGACUCGAGUUGUUCUUGUGGUUCAAAUUGCAGCUGUUCUUCAAGCAGUGGAUCAUCAUCUUCGAGUUCCUCUGAUUCCGAUUCAUCCGACGAGUCUGGAAAUGAACAAAAUAAUGGAAGAAGAAUGAGAAAAUUGUCUCGAAAAUCACUUCCCAACAGAAGAAUCAGUAAUGGAUCUAAUGUUGAUGUUAUGGGUAUGACUGAAACACCUGUACUUGUACCAGAGAAAACUGAAUCACCCAUUGCCGAAACUGAUUUGGAAACUGAAGAAAGUGAAACAGACGAAGAAUUCUAUGAUAAGAAUCCACAACCAAUAGCAAAUAAAACGUAUAAUGAAAAGCGAAACCAGUUAUUAGCGUCAAUCGCCCCAUCAGAUGGUGGUUCCAUCUCCGAAGAAGUGAGUCGUUGUGCAACACCUGUCAAGGAAGAAAAAAUUCCCAAGGAAGAGGUAGAAAAUAAAGAUAAGUCAAGCAGUAGUAAGAAAAAGAGUAAAAAGAAGAAGAGAUCCAAAAGUUCUAAAAAACAUGGUCCCAUUAAGAUUAACAUUCCUAAAGAUGUCAUUGCCAAAUCAGAGUCUGAACCCCCUAUUGCACCAUUAAUACCUAACAAGAUUACUAUAUCUUUACAAUCAAAUACCGUGCAAUUGCCAGAAACGCCUAAACCAAUAAAUUCAAAUAAAUCGACCACCACACCUAUGUCUGCGGAAAGCAAGAGGGCUUCAAAGCGAAGACGCGUGCCAAACAAAUUUUAUGGUUAUUCGAGCGACGAAGAGCCAACUACUCCCGCUGCACUUAAACCUCAACAACCUCCGAAAUUGGAAUGGAGAAAAGAAGACUUGCCAUCACCUGCCACGCAUAAAGCUAAAAAGGAAAUACCAUCUUCCGUUAUACCGCAAAAAUUGUUUAAUUAUAACGAGCCUAUAAGGUUGACCACUCCUGUUCCAGACCCUGAACCACCACGGUUCUUGAUGAACUCCGAAUCGAUGGAAUCCAGUGAUUCUGAUUCAAGCGAGGAAGGGGCUUUAGAGAUAUUUCAACCAACUAAUGUACAAAAUACAUUAUCUGUCCCGCCGCCGACAUACUUGAAUUCCGGUACUUCGAGUUUACCAUACGCUUUCCAAAGACCAGCGGUUCGCGAAGCAAAAGAGGGUGAAAGCGUAUAUUGUUACUGCAGAUGUCCAUAUGACGAGGUGUCAGAAAUGAUAGCAUGCGAUGCCGAGGGCUGUCCCAUUGAGUGGUUUCAUUUUGAGUGUGUUGGUAUCAUGGUACCGCCUAAAGGCAAAUGGUACUGUCCAGAAUGUAGAAAAAAUCAAAGUUUCUCAGGUUACAGAUAAGUCUAAACACAAUUUAGGUGUAUAUAACAUAUUGUUAUCUGUAUAUAAUUUAUUGACGAUUGUAGAUAAUUUAGCUUUACUUGUGUAUAUCUUUAGUUAGGUUGUAUGUUUAAGUUAGGAUAUUAGGUCUGAAAAUUGUAUCAUUGUUAUUAAAGUACAUGUUAUGCUUGAUGCUGGCUGUGCGGCCAAUCUGUAACCUGGCGAAUUGUUAAUUGACAUUAACUAUACAGCAAAACGAAAAUAUAAAUCCAAUUUUUGAUACCAAA